AUGCAAAUCUUCGUCAAGACGCUCACUGGCAAGACCAUCACCCUGGACGUCGAGGCAUCCGACACUAUCGACAAUGUAAAAGCCAAGAUCCAGGACAAGGAGGGCAUCCCGCCUGACCAGCAGCGCCUCAUCUUCGCUGGCAAGCAGCUGGAAGACGGGCGUACGUUGUCCGAUUACAAUAUCCAGAAGGAGAGCACCUUGCACUUGGUGCUCCGCCUGCGUGGUGGCAUGCAGAUCUUCGUCAAGACGCUGACUGGCAAGACCAUCACCCUGGACGUCGAGGCAUCCGACACUAUCGACAAUGUAAAAGCCAAGAUCCAGGACAAGGAGGGCAUCCCGCCUGACCAGCAGCGCCUCAUCUUCGCUGGCAAGCAGCUGGAAGACGGGCGUACGUUGUCCGAUUACAAUAUCCAGAAGGAGAGCACCUUGCACUUGGUGCUCCGCCUGCGUGGUGGCAUGCAGAUCUUCGUCAAGACGCUGACUGGCAAGACCAUCACCCUGGACGUCGAGGCAUCCGACACUAUCGACAAUGUAAAAGCCAAGAUCCAGGACAAGGAGGGUAUUCCGCCUGACCAGCAGCGCCUCAUCUUCGCUGGAAAGCAACUGGAAGACGGGCGUACGUUGUCGGAUUACAAUAUCCAGAAGGAGAGCACCUUGCACUUGGUGCUGCGCCUGCGCUGA